GAAUGACGUAGAGGAAGAAACGCCAUUAGUAGGGUGAGAGGCGAGACCGAAACCGUGAUCUGAGGGUGGAGGAAAUUUAUUUGGUCGUCUACGGGAGCGCUGCGGUUGACAUUUGUUUCUGUUUUGGCAGGGGAUUUAUGCCCUCGACCUUUCUUCUUCAUUUUUAUUUAACACGUAUCUAAUGUGACUAGCGACAGAGACUUCGACUGGGGCUACUGUACUUCUAUUUCUGAGGAUAUUUCUUUUUCACCAUGGCGUCUGGCGGCGGAGCGGGAGGCAGUAACAAAACCUACUCUUUCAAGGUGGUUUUGUUGGGAGAGGGCUGUGUGGGCAAGACCUCACUUGUGUUGCGCUAUUGUGAAAAUAAAUUUAACGACAAACACAUCACCACGCUCCAGGCGUCCUUCCUCACUAAGAAGCUGAACAUCACGGGGAAGAGGGUCAAUCUGGCCAUAUGGGACACCGCAGGUCAGGAGAGAUUCCAUGCAUUAGGGCCCAUCUACUAUAGAGACUCCAAUGGAGCCAUAUUAGUCUAUGACAUCACAGAUGAGGACUCUUUCCAGAAGGUGAAAAACUGGGUCAAGGAAUUAAGAAAAAUGUUGGGGAAUGAAAUUUGUUUAUGUAUAGUAGGUAAUAAAAUAGAUCUGGAGAAGGAGAGACAUGUAUCAGUUGAGGAGGCAGAAGGGUAUGCAGAGUCAGUUGGGGCGAAACACUAUCACACAUCAGCCAAACUAAACAAAGGAAUCGAAGAACUAUUUCUUGACCUGUGUAAAAGAAUGAUGGAGACGGCCCAGGCAGAGGAGAGGGCAAAGGGCAACGGAGUCAGCCAGUCAACGUCAUCUCGGAGAGGGGUACAGAUCGUGGACGACGAACCCCAAGCCGCCACUGUCGCCGGGGGCUGCUGCUCGUCUGGUUAACCCAACCACCAACUCAAUACCCUAUCUCAACCUUUCUUUCCCCCUUCCCCAGGCCGUCUACAAACAACCAGGACUUUGCCCCCCCCCCCCCCCCCCCCCCACUUCAUAACCAUCCCUUCAUUGAUAUUAUUCCACGAAGACUGCGCUUCUCCAUGUUUCCUCCCAAGUCAUCAUACACUUCUCCCUCUGUGGAACAACGUGCUGGCUUACAGUACUCAUAAUCUAUUCAUCCACCCGUACGACACGUCUGACAGAAGCAAAGUGAAGAGAGAAUGGAAGAAAGGAAAGGAAUCGACUUCUGUUGUACAAACUAGCAUAUGAACCCGUCACGCUCGCAAAACAGCCCCCUGAUGAAUGAACAUGCGCACACUUCCAAAUGCAUAUAUAUACAUACUGUGGAACGUCAUAAAUCAUAAGGUCACCGUGAUUAUUCUGACUGUGUUGCGUGAGGUUAACCUGCAUGUUGGGACGAACCAUUUCUGUCCCUCUCAAGGCUUCAUUUGUUUUACUUAAAAGAAAGGAGAAAGGAGAACUUUAUUAUUUAAUAAGUUAAGUACACGUUGUAUGGAAGUCUGUACAGGCCCAACCCUUUCGUACUUCUGCAGUGGUUCAGUGUGAAGGCUGUCUGGGUCCAUCAUCUCUCUGCCUACGGAGCGUCUCGGAGGGACUGAUCUAGGAUCAUAUCCCAGCUGCCCCUGUAGCCUCACUCAUUAGAUUUUAAAAGACAAAUCUGAUCUUGGAUUCGGACUCCUAAUCCAAUACCUCUCUUCCUCUCCUGCCUUCUCCACUCUGUUUCCUUCUUCAGCGUCUCUGUGUCUCGCUCGUGCUCUUUUGUCACACUGGCUCUUCGAUUUAAAAUGCUGAUUUUUGCACUGGCCGUCACUCAAUGCUUUUGGUAUACUGUGUUUUCUUCCUGUUUGCCGAGUUGCUCUGUGAAAAAUGAAAUUAUAAAAAAAUACAUUGUUAAAAAACAAAAAGUAUGAUGAGUAUGAAUAACAUUUGGAUAUUUUAUCUGCUUUUACAAGCUUUGGGAAAGCUAGAAAAGUGUACAAUAUACUGAAUGAUUGUAAAAUGAAAUAACAGAUGUCUAAAAGUACACUUUUUGGAAUUGUAAUUUUUUUAACUGCUAGUGUCAAGUGUUUUGUAAUAGAACAAUUAUAACUAUUUACAACGCA